UUGCGGUUGAACGUUCACACAACAUCACGCGACUUUUAAGCUUGUACAUGUAUGUGAAAGUCGAAAGUACAGUAACUGGACCAAAAUGAAUUCUUCGUUAUCACUUACUAUAUUAUUUGGCUUAGUUGCCGUGAGUUUUGGUGUACAGUUCAAGGACUGUGGUAGUAAGGAAGGUGUAGUGACGGAAGUAAAAUGUACCACAGGCGGAUCCACGGCCUGUUUACUGACCAGGGGAGAAAAUGCCACGCUGGAGAUAGACUUUAAAUCAAAUACUGCACAGAAAAAACUGAAAAACGUUGUGCACGGCAUUAUUGCUAGACUUCCUGUUCCUUUUAACCCAGCCGAUGCUGAUGCCUGCAAUGGAAUGCAACCAAAAUGUCCAACAGAAGCAAAUAAGAACUACAAGUUUGUAACAUCAUUACCGGUCAAAACAGAAUACCCUACAAUAAGACUUGUUGUCAAAUGGGAGAUACAGGAUGAUCAGAAUAAUGACGUAAUCUGCAUUGAAAUCCCAGCUCAGAUCAAAUAAAGUCUCUAAAUUCCAUGAUAUAAUUUCUAUAAACAAUCACAGUCAUAAACAGUGACAGGUGAAUUAAUUACAUUCCAUGGCUUGUAUAGGCAAUCAAAUAGGACACUUAAAACAAAUUAAUAUACAAUUUACUGGACUACCUGGACACCAGGUGAAUUAAUUACAUUAUUAAAGCCAUUGACAAAAUCUGUCAUCUGUUCCAAUUCCUUGCCUUGUUAUGGUUUGGUUUAUAGUAUUAAAAAAAACAUCCAAUGGACCAAAUUUUGUCAGAAUAUUGAAUAUUUGAAUCUUGCAUUUGACUUUGUUAAUAUUUCACUAUUUCACUGGAUUCACCUAGAUUGCCAACACUUGUGAUGGUCUUACAACACAGAUGGACAGAUUUGAAACACUUUGUUUUAAUUAUUUCCUGUUUGAUUGUUUCAUAUGCAAGUGCAUUGUUCAAAACGAAAUGUUAUCUGAGUGUUUAAAAUCAACUUGAAUACAACUAAUUACAAAGUUGGAAGUAAGCAUUCCAAAAUAAAGAUUUAAGAUGCUUGGUCAACCACACAUUUCUUUUAUUUGUGCACGGAGAAAGAUUUUUUUAUAUCAUUCACUGUUUUGUUUCAUUUGAUUGUUGUUACAUGAUACAUCUGUGUUGAACAAGCUUAACAGCUGCCCAAGUGAUUCCACUUUGUUCAAGUGGGCACCAAGGAAGCCGGUCAUUUACUGACACCAUUAAUAAGACUCUUACUUCUUGCUAUGUGCGUGAAAUUUGCUUAUAUGUUUUUCAUGUAUGGCUGUUGAUUGUAUGUCUUGUAUGUUGAUAUUGUCUAUUCAUGCACAGACAACAACGAAUAAUUAUAUUGUCCUAGAAUCACUGAAUUCUGUUUUAAAGCUUCCCAUGUUCAAAUAUGAAAUUUUUUGAUGACUGACAUCAUUUUAAUGGAUUUGAUAUGCAAAAAAGAUAUUAAAUAUCAUCAAAAUAAUCAUAAUUAUUAUAAAGAAGCUGGUAUUAUUUUUUGUCAUAGCUAUAAAUACAUAUUACCGGGUAAUAACCAGGAAGCAAUUCAUUUCUAUAUGAAAUGAAAAUGAUGCUGGGUCACAACACAGCAACCUUUAACAUUAUCACCUAUGACUUGAUAUAGCAGUAUUAAUAACUAGUUGAGACGGUGUUUGUUAAUUUAAUACACCAGCUUAUGUAAGAGAGUUUGAACUUUAUACAUAUAUAUAUGAAUCUCUGUAUUGUUUUCUCAUGUUAUUCGAGUCAUGGGCAUAUACAAUGGUAAAUUAACGAAUUUUGUACUUUUGUGCUAUUUGUUUUCUCUUUGUAUAGUUAAUGUAUACUCUUGGUCAUACCUAUUUUUUCUAAUAAAAUCUGAAAAUGCA